UGUUGUCAACUCAUUCCCAGUCACUAUGGGACAAGAUUUAACCACCCCUCUUAGCCUUACUUUAGAUCAUUGGCGCGAGGUGAAGACCAGAGCCUCCAAUCAAUCAGUGGAGAUCAAGAAAAACAAGUGGACCGCCCUGUGUUCAUCCGAGUGGCCCACCUUUGACGUCGGGUGGCCACGCGAUGGCACUUUUGACUUGAACCUUAUUUCCCAGGUCAAGGCGCGAGUCUUCAGGCCAGGACCCUAUGGACAUCCAGAUCAGAUUCCAUACAUCGUCACUUGGGAAAGCCUUUCCUUUGACCCCCCUCCGUGGGUCUCCCCUUUUCUCUCUCCCAGGACAGUCCCCCAGACCCCCUCGGCGCCCUUGCCGAUGGACCCCUCCCCUUCACUCUCACUCUGCCCUGUAGUGCUCAAAACCAAGCCUGUUAUCCCCCCCGAUGAUUCCGCUCUAAAUCCCCUUCUCGAAGACUCUCCUCCCCCUUACCCACCUCUGCCCCCUGUGCCCGGAGCCCAGCCCCAGGUUCAAGCGCCCCCGGUUCCGGUUGUUGUGGCGAUAGAUCACACUCCCGGGACGUCCUCCCCGAUCGCUGGGAGGUUGCGAGAGCGAAGAGGACACCAAGGGGAUUCUUCUCACAUACUUCCUCUCCAGGUGGGACCAGGGCCGGGCAACCAACUUCAGUACUGGCCCUUUUCCGCCUCUGACUUGUAUAACUGGAAACAACAUAACCCGCCCUUCUCCCAAGACCCUGUAGCCCUAACUAACCUCCUGGAGUCUAUCCUUCUAACUCACCAGCCCACCUGGGAUGAUUGCCAACAGCUCCUCCAAGUCCUCCUCACGACAGAGGAGAAACAGAGGGUCAUUCUGGAAGCCCGUAAACAGGUUCCCGGGGCGGAUGGAAGACCCACCCAGCUGCCCAACGAAAUAGAAGCUGCUUUUCCCUUGACCAGACCAGAUUGGGACUUCACUACACCUGAAGGUAGGGGACACCUAUGCCUUUAUCGCCAGUUGCUCACAGCGAGCCUCCGAGCAGCGGGGCAACACCCCACCAAUUUGGCCAAGGUAAGAUCAGUAGUACAAGGGCAGGAGGAGUCACCGACGGUAUUCUUAGAGAGACUAAAGGAAGCAUAUCGGAGGUUCACCCCCUUAGAUCCAGAUAGCCCUGAGCAAGAAGUGAGUAUCUCUAUGUCCUUUAUUUGGCAGUCUGCCCCUGAUAUUAAGGUGAAGCUCCAAAGAAUGGAAAACCUACAGGGACAGAGGUUACAAGAUCUACUCAGGGAAGCAGAAAAAAUUUAUAAUAAAAGAGAAACUCAAGAAGAAAGAGAAGAAAGGCAAAGGAGAGAGGCAGAGGACAGGGAAAAUGCAAGAGACAAGAGGCGAAACAAGGAGUUAAGCAGGAUACUGGCCACUGUAGUGAGAAACAGAGAAGAAUCUAGAGGAGAUAGGAAAGGAGGCAGAGGCAGGGCCCCAUUAGACAGAGACCAAUGCGCCUAUUGCAAAGAGAAAGGCCACUGGGCGAGAGAUUUCCCUAAGAAGAAAUCAAAAACAAGAGAGUCCACCCUCCUAACCCUCGACUAGGGGGGUCGGGGCCAGGACCCCCCACCUGAGCCCAGGGUAACUCUUCGAGUGGGGGGCAAGCCAGUUACCUUCAUGGUAGAUACCGGUGCCCAGCACUCGGUUCUCACCCACACCACCGGACCCUUCAGCAAAAAGACGUCAUGGGUUGAAGGAGCAACUGGAGCCAAUCGAUACCGAUGGACUACCAACCAAGAAGUGCAACUGGCCACAGGUACAGUGACCCACGCUUUCCUACACGUGCCGGAUUGCCCUUACCCACUCCUGGGAAGGGACCUCCUGACCAAGCUAGGAGCCCACAUUCAUUUCAAAAAUAAGGGGGCAGUUGUGACCACGUCUAGGGGAGCCCCUCUCCAGGUGCUCACUCUUCGGCUGGAGGAUGAAUAUAGACUGUUCGAAGAGAAAAAUAAACCCUCUCCCGAUAUAGAAGGUUGGCUGUCCAAAUUUCCCGGGGCAUGGGCGGAAACGGUGAGGAUGGGACUGGAACAUAGAAGGUUGGCUGUCCAAAUCUCCCGGGGCAUGGGUGGAAACGGCGGGGAUGGGACUGGUGACGAAUCAGCCUCCCCUUGUCAUUGGACUAAAAACUACAGCCAGUCCAGUGGCGAUCAAACAAUACCCACUGUCAGCUGA